GGAAAAAGGUAAGAGCUGCUUUUUGACUGAUCGCAAGUUGUUGCAUCAUGCACUGUCUCCCGACGACCGUAUCGACAGAAAAAGAUUCUUCCUUUGAACUCGCGUUUCAGUGUGAAACGGAGUUCGUGGCUGGGAUUUCGUUCGAUGAACGUUCUUAACAUGGCCAAAAUCGAAUCUUUUGGUAGCCACCAUGGUUUCUGAUAACGACACGUGCAUGGAAGUCCUUCUAUUUCAACUCGCAGCGAGUUCAGGCGACAGUUUCUUCAGCUUUCGAUUUCAAGAGUACAAGUAUUUGGUGAGGCAUGCUUUCGGAUCAGAGGGAACAGGAGGGGAAUCUUGACAAUCUAGAAGCACCAAAUCAAGCUCUCAUAGUAAAGAAAUGUAACGGCAAUGAUGAGCUUCAAGAAGCUCGCAAAGGAUUGAUCAAUGUAUUAAAAGACACAUGCAGUGAUUCUAAAGUCAAUGGCAAUGUCCAAGUGAAGUCGAUCGAGGAAUUUGAUCCUCCAAAGAAGCCGCACCAGAACAAGUAUGCCUUCACCACGGCCUCUAUGACCUCCAUUUUGCUCGAUUAUGACAUAGGAGUGAUGAGCAAGGCGACGGCACACAUAAAGAAUGACAAGAGGAAAACUGACAUGCAAGUUGAGGUCCUGAUGGGGAUCCUCAACGUGUUCUUGCUCCUCGGGUUGACAAUGGCAGGGUGAACCUUUGACUGGAUUGGCCGCCUCUACACGAUCAUGGUG